AUGCUAAUCAAAGUGGUCCUCUUCGGACUACUGAUUGCUCAGUCACUGGGUAAAGAACCAGCCGGGCAGAAUCUCAUCGUAAUUUUGGUCGAUGGAUUCGGCGCUCAUCUUUUCAACAACACUCCCGUUGAAGCAACCAAAGGUAUCUUUUUCUUAACAAUCAGUUAGAAAAAUUUGCGUCGUUUAGAUGAAUUCAGAAAUGUUUUUCUUUCCGUUCCGAAAGCUUGUAAUUCGAAAAAUAUCCUUUUUAAAAAUAAUUGAUUUUUUCACACAAAAAUUAAAAUUAAAUCAGAAAAACUUCAUAUAUUCAAGAAAAAAAAGAAGUAGGGUAGAAUUUAUAGCUGUUGGGCAAAUUGGUAUUUUCUGUUUCCAGUUGACGACACCGUUAAAAAUCUAAGGAUCAGAGCAAAUUGUUUUCAGCACUGAGGGAAAUCGGAGAGAAAGGCGUUCAGGCCGACUACGUCACGCCAGUGUUCCCGACCCACACGUGGCCUCAGUGGAUGAGCUUGGCUACAGGUGCUGAAACUUUCCUUUUGUAGCAAUUCUGAACAUCCAGAGAAGAGAGCGAAAAAAGCUUCUUUAUUUCAGACUUCCAAAAUCCACAAAAUGCUGUGAAUUAAUCAUAAUAAAAAUUGGUUCUUUUACAAAAGCUUUGGGAGAAUUUCUGAAUUCAAGUCAGUUUGCAGAAGAAUCAUCAGUUUUGAAUAAACAUGUGUUGUGGGAAUAGAAUCUCACCAAACUCCUAUCGAAUAACGCGCUGAGCAUGUAAUUCAACGCGUUUUAAAUUCCCCAAACAUGAUGUCGUCUAGGUAUCCUGUGGGAGCAUAAUGCUGUAGCAAGAAACUUGAUAAAAUUUUUAAAAAAAUUCCAUUUCAUGAUUUUUUUUUUUUGAUAAACUUCUAGUCCCAACUGCAAGCGACGCUAAUACGGAAGACAAAUUUGAUCACGUUUCGAUAGAGGCAUGAAAAAAGCUAUGAUUUUUUGAAUAACAAUACUAAAUCUGAAAGUGCGUAAUUCUCAUGUAGUCGGACAGACGGCGGCACGUAACAAAUUGCCUGCAACGCAAUUUCCAAAGUCUGAGCAUUUGUUCGUCUGACAGAGAAGCUGAAAAAAACGACUGGAGAAACAUUGUUUUUUUCAGGUUUGUACACCGAAAACCAUGGUUUUACUGCUGACUAUAUGUGGGACCGCAAGAGCAAUCUGACCUUCGAAAGAGGAACAGGUCAGUCAGAACUCCUAAACACCUGAACAGAUCUUCAAACGAAUUAGUUUUGAAAGUUCACUUGAGAGAAAAUACUAAAAUGGUUCUGACUGAAAAAAUGGAUUAUUUACAAUUUUAUAAUUGAGCUUCACUUCAUGUGCACAUUUUAUCGAAUAAUAAAAAAAUUAGGGGCAAUACGCAAACUUUUUCACGGUUUUUUUAACUUUUAAAAAAAGCUAGAAGAUUUUUUUAAAAAGAGAAGAAGAUCUUUCUCUACAUGGUGCUACGACAAGAGCGAGUUUUUCCAUUUGCGAGGAGUACUGUAUGCGGCAAAGCGCAUUGCGUGCAUGCACUCUGCGUGUUUACACUUUUGUGGCGUGACGUCAUCGCGCCGUACAUCUGCGGGUUUUUUGCUUGCGGGUUUUUUUUCAAUGUUUUUUUCGGAAUUUUUUUUUUGAAUUUUUUUUCCGGUUUGGUUUUGAUUGUGCGAAUAUUUUCGAAACAAAAAGAAAACUUUUUUUUACCUCAUAAGAAGGCUCCUCUUUGUCCUCAAAAAAUCUUCGUGUUUUUCUCGUUCAGAUUUUGAAAUGAAAAAAAGUGAUGCAAUGAAUGAAAUUCAGGAUGGAAAGUGACAAUUAUGUUAACGACAUUGUUUUCGACUCAAUUUUGAAGCAACAAGAAAUCACAAAGGAAGUUUUGGCGAAAAAAGGUGUCCCUGCUCCUCUACCCUCAACACCGGUAUUGUACAAAAAUCCAAUUUUCGUAAAAUUUCUGACAAGUCCCUUCAAAUCUCUCAAUGUACAUUUAAAAAUAUCUUGCAGAUUUUCUGGGAAAAAUGACUUUUUGUUUGAUACGAUUUUUUUCUGUAAAAAAAUUGUUAUUUUUCUUAUUUUUCUUAUUUUUUUGAUAUAACUUAUUUCAAUUACUGGUAUUUGUUAUGAUGCAAUUGUUUGAUAUUUUUCCUUUUUGAAAUGUCAAUAUUAGCUUACUUCUUUUUUUUUCCAUAUUUGUGGAGUUGACCUAAUAGCUAUCUAUAAAGAAACAUUUUCCUAAGCUGCCCCCUUGACAAACAGAGUUUUCAUCAAUUAAAAAAAGUUUUCUUUUUGUUUCGAAAAAUAAAUAAGCCGGAAAAAAAAUUCAAAAAAAAAAUCCGAAAAAAAAACCCGCAAGCAAAAAACCCGCAGAUGUACGGCGCGAUGACGUCACGCCACAAAAGUGUAAACACGCAGAGUGCAUGCACGCAAUGCGCUUUGCCGCAUACAGUACUGCUCGCAAAUGGAAAACUCGCUCUUGUCGUAGCACCCUCUACAUAUCCUUGACAGGUUUAUUGUUACUCUAAAGCCUUCAGUAAAAUUUUUUGUGACCAGAUUUCUUUAAGACUAUAUUAUAAUAUUUUGAAUGGGACCAGCCAUGCUCAAAUCAGACACUUUUGUAGUGUUUCGCAUAACAAAGAAAAACAGAUUCCAUGUUGAAACGGUCGUUGCAGGACCAAAUGACACCGACGAGAAAUGGUGGCUGGACGCAAAAGCUCCAUUCUGGUACACGGCGGCGAAAGCUGGAGUCGAUUUGUCAUGCUUUUGGUUCGCUCAUUGCCAUGUCAGUUACUUUUUCUUUCCUUUAGCUCAAUCAUCUUUGUAGUUGCCUUAUUAUGACGUCAUCGCAUUGGUGGAAGAGCAGUACAGAGCUGAUCUCGACAUCCCAGAACAAACCGAUUCCAUCCGUUCCAUUUUCCCGAAAAUCGUCAAUCGGAUCACCAAGUACCAGUCCUACAAACAACAGGUCUUUCAUAAGUCUUAAACGAUUAUAGUAGCAAGGGAAAAGAACAUCUGUUUGGUGUUUCUUUGCUAGAUUUUCAGGUUUUUAAGAAAAUCGAACAAAAAAUGGAAUUAAAAGGAAAUUAAGUUCAAAAAAUAAAUGAUAAUUAAUGAUAAAUGUCUUCUUAUAUGUCCCCUAAAAUUAUCUCAUAUCACGGCGGAGCUUUUGGAUGAAACUAAAUGAAACUAAAAUUAGGAAAUGCAGUUUUUUCCCGUUGAAUGUGAUUCUAUGCUAAAAAUAUGUCAGAAAGUCUGAAUCUGAUCUGACUUUUUUUUAGAUGUCUUAACACUUUGAUGCAGAUUCCAAAUAAAAAUUCAAAAAAAUCUACUGGGUAUAAGAUUUCCCGUCCAAAAUAAAAUUGAUUCAUGUUUAGUUAAAUUUAAUUGCUUCCUUUUGCAGAAACAAGAAUAUUUCUUUACCUUUUAAUUCAAAAGCUUUUCAGAUGUUCCUUUUGCGAUAUGCCAAGAUUGGAGAAGCGCAAAAGAAUAACCCAGUGAACUCGGCUGAAAUCACAAACGCUAUCAAAGAUUUCGAUGCAGUGGUGGCCGAUUUGACCGUAAGCAAUUUCAUUCCUGCUCAUUUCGAGUUUCAACUUUUGAAGAAAACCUUGGAAGAGAAAGAUUUGUUCACUUCCACCAAUGUGGUUAUUCUUUCCGACCACGGUUACGCUCCUUUGGCGAAAGAGGAGCAAUUCUUCCUGGAACAGUGCUUGCCGGACUUCUCACUGGUUUAAAAGUUCUUUGAUCGCCCUUCUUAUUUCUUCUUCAGGUCAAAAAAGUGGUCAACGCUCAUUCUGUCGUCAUGGUGUUCACGGAGCCUGAAGAUGAGGGAACGGUGAGUUUAUUCUAAAUAUUGUAUCCUGCAGUAAAGUGAAAACUUAAGGUUCACUACGAAUUCAGCGUUUGCGAGCUGUGGUCCCCUAUGGGAGAUUAUGAUGAGAACGACGCGCCGUUUGUCAAAACCUACAAAGUUUGUUUUUUUUUCCCUUCAGUUUGUUAGCUAGCAAACUUUUGCAGAUGUCCGAGCUACCAGAAGAGCUUCAUUGGAAGAAUUCGAGAUUCAUGAGCGGUGUGGUCCUCAUCACCAAGCCGGGAACCAGCGUUGUUACGGUAAGUAAUCGGAAAAGUGAUAGAAAGACGUUCAUAUUUUGUCAGUCUUAUCGAUAGAUGACACUAAUUUUUGUCGCGUAAUCAGACGAUAAACAUAUCAAGUGUUUGAUUAUGAAAUCGAAAUUUUUGACCGUAACUUGUUCAAGUUUCAUUGUUGAAAAAAAAGCUUAUGAUAUCCGGAAAGUUGUGCUCUCGGAAACAGCUCACAAACGGCCUAAAGGUCCUUUUUCCCACUCUUAAAACUUGUAGAAAGAACUGCCGACGGUUCCGAACGCUGGGGAUCCGUCGAUCGACGCUCGCCAGACGUCGGGAUGGGAGCCAAGUCACGAGGAGAUGCGUGGAAUCUUCUUCGCACGCGGAUCUGGUGCGUUGCGUUAUCUGAUCUCGUAAGACUGUCUUUUGCAGCUUUUCGUGUCAACGAGCGUUUCGGUCCUAUUGAAAUCGUCGAUGUCUAUCAGGUAAGCCUGGUUUUUGAAAAAGAGGUCGACAAGAUGGUGAGGAGAAAGUGUCUGGCUGAAAAGAUUUUUACGCUGAUUAUAAUCAAUCUGACAAUAGUAAGAGAAGAACAACUCCGAGUUGCAAACAGAGCAGUUUUACAAAUCCUUAACUCUGAAAAGUAGCGAAAUUAAAGAUUGAAAUUUUUUGAAGGAUUAAAAUUCCUUAGCAUUUGACAAUACCAAAAUGAAAUUAGAUUCCUUCUUGGAUUAUUGAGAAAAAAAAUUGCUCAAGCUUCUUAGAAUCGCUUGAUGUGAUCCUAUUUUUGCAUCAAGCAACUUUCUAUUGCUAUUCAAUCGAAGAGUAAUUUACCCUGACUGAAAACCUUUUUUUUUCCCUCAUUUUUUUGUACUUUCUAAUCACAGAUUUAUCUAUCCUUUUAGAUGCUGCUGAACAUUCUGAGCAUUGAGCCGGCCCAUCCACACAAUGGGAGCUGGUCGAACGUCGAAGGGAUGCUGACGGAAGACUGGGAAAAAAGAGGCCCAGAAAAUGGCAUUUUCUUCGAAAUCUCAUACAUUCUCAUUUUCUCCAUACUUUUCUUCCUCAUUCUGCAGUAA